AUGGCACCUAAGAGAAAGAAGGCCGACGCUUCUGCAGUCGAGACCCCCGCAGCAAAGGUCAGACGUAGCUCCAGAAGAGUCAAUGGGCCUCCCGGGCAGCAACAGGAUGGCUCUCGGCAAGGGGGGGAAAAGGAGGACCCCCUGGGCCCGGCGGGAAGUCCAAAUGGUUCAAUCCGUUCACGGGAAGCGUUUGAGCGCACAAUGAGAGAGCUCGGAGAGAUGGGUCUGAAGCUUCAAAGCGCAGUAAAAAUCCAGCGGCUAGCUGUGGAAACUUCCGAUUUGUCCAAGUGUGACCCCGAAAGGGUUCGAGAAGAGGCCUUCAAGCUCAGGCCGGCGUCAAUGAGACAGGCAAAAGCCGAGCAGAAGGUCGAAGAAAAGACUCCGGAGAAAUCCAUCGUUGAUACUGACUUGCAGUCGGCUGAUGCGGCUGAAGAAAAAGCAGAUUCCGAGGUUGUUGAAAGGACUGCGAGGAGACCGCCGCCUGUGAAUAGUGACGUGCUGCCACUACCGUGGAAAGGCCGUUUGGGUUAUGCUUGUCUUAACACAUACCUCAGAUCUGCUAGCACUCCUGUCUUUUCGUCCCGAACUUGCCGUAUAUCCUCGAUUAUUGAUCAUAGGCAUCCCCUCCAAGACCCAACAAAGCCUGAACAUGCCACCAAAAACCGACCCGACAAAACUCAGACAUCAGAUGUCCAGCGCGGAUUAGAUUUUGUCCGGGAGCUCGGUCUUGCAAACGCUAGAGACAUUGUCAAGAUGCUACGAUGGAACGAAAAGUAUGGCAUCAAAUUCAUGCGACUUAGUAGCGAAAUGUUCCCCUUUGCAAGCCACGAAGAGUACGGUUACAAGCUUGCCCCAUUCGCCGCUGAUGUGUUGGCUGAGGCUGGCAAGGUAGCUGCUGAGCUAGGUCAUCGCCUCACGACACACCCGGGCCAGUACACGCAAAUUGCCAGUCCGAGGAAAGAAGUCGUCGCUGCGGCCUUCAGGGAUCUCGAGUAUCACGAUGAGAUGCUGUCAUUGUUGAAACUCCCCGAGCAGCUUGACCGGGACGCCGUCAUGAUUCUGCACAUGGGCGGUACAUAUGGCGACAAGGCAGCGACUCUGGAUCGCUUUCGCGAAAAUUAUGCCAAGUUGCCAGAUGGAGUGAAGAGAAGGCUAGUUCUGGAGAAUGACGACGUAUCAUGGAGUGUUCAUGACCUGCUACCCAUCUGUGAGGAACUCAACAUUCCUCUGGUGCUGGAUUAUCAUCAUCACAACAUCAUUUUCGAUCCCAGCCUUCGCGAGGGCACAUUGGAUAUCAUGAGCCUAUAUGAUCGCAUCGCAAAAACAUGGACCAGGAAAAACAUCAAGCAGAAGAUGCAUUACAGCGAGCCAACCGCAGAGGCUAUUACGCCACGGGAUCGGCGUAAGCAUUCAGCGCGCGUUAAGACGCUUCCACCUUGUGCAACAGACAUGGACUUGAUGAUUGAGGCGAAAGACAAGGAGCAGGCAGUAUUCGAACUGAUGAGGACAUAUAAACUUCCGGGAUGGAACCGAUUUAACGACGUCGUUCCCUAUGAGCGAGACGAUGAGCCUAAGAAAGAAACGAAAAGAACCAAGAAGGAGAAGCAGAACGACACGACUGGCGAGACUGAAGAAGGAGAUUCUACAAAUACCAUCAGCCCAGACGAGUAUGGAAUGGGAGGACAGCAGAACCGGGCGUUCCUUGAGUGGUUCAAGGCGCUUCCUGGGUCGACGUUUUCUGAACAUAUUGAGAUCACGGAUCUUCGAGCAAGAAAUGCAGGCCGCGGCAUAGUGGCUCUGGAGGACAUCCCGGCUGAUACAGUCCUGUUUACCGUACCGAGAAAUGGGAUAAUAAACAUGGAGACGUCCGAGCUCAAGGAGAAGCUCCCAGACGUCUUCUUCCAUGCAGAUGAGGUCAUGGAGGUGGAUGACAAACCGCAGCAGGACCCAUGGAGCUCUCUAAUUCUUGUCAUGAUGUUUGAGUAUUUCAAGGGAGACGAGUCCAAAUGGAAGUCGUACAUGGACGUCCUUCCUGCAUCUUUCGAGACACCCAUGUUCUGGACCGAAGCGGAGCUUAAUGAGCUUCAGGCGAGCGCUACGCGGACAAAAGUUGGCAAGACUGACGCUGAGAAAAUGUUUCAUGCCAAGAUCUUGCCAGUCCUCCGUGCAAAUCACGAAAUUUUUCCAUGCAGCCAAUCUUACAGUGACGAAGACCUUGUCAAGCUGGCUCACCGUAUGGGAAGCACUAUAAUGUCCUACGCAUUCGAUUUCCAGAAUGAGGAUGAGGAAGACGAAAAAGACGAAGAAGAAUGGGUUGAAGAUCGCGAGCCUAAGUCUACAAUGGGUAUGGUGCCGAUGGCUGAUAUUCUCAAUGCUGACGCUGAGUAUAAUGCACACGUCAACUAUGGAGAUGACGCUCUUACUGUGACAGCAUUACGAACUAUCAAGGCCGGCGAAGAAAUCUUGAACUACUAUGGUCCUCAUCCCAACUCGGAGCUUCUCCGCCGUUACGGAUACGUAACCCCGAAGCACUCUCGUUAUGACGUUGUUGAGCUUCCAUGGAAAUUGGUUGAGGAGUCUUUAGCGGCAAGCCUGGGCUUGUCAGAAGAACAGUUGGACAGUGCGCGAGAGCACUUGGACAUGGAUGAAAUCGAGGAUACGUUUGUUUUGGACCGAGAAUCGAAUGAGCCUAACCCGGACGGCACGUUUACUGGAUCGGCUAGGUUUAGCGAGAUACCAGAGGAUCUCCGGGAGCAGCUUAAAUUGCUUCUUAAAGCCAUUCGCAAAGCAGAUCCAUCAAGUGUUGUCGACAAGCGGAAACGGGACGAGAUUCAACAUUCCGUACUUUUCAAGGCGCUUGAUGCUCUGGAGUCGCAGUAUCCAACGACUGUUCUAGAUGAUGAACGGAUUCUUUCUGGUAGCGGCAUUAGCGAGCGGCACAGAGCCGCUGUUACCGUGAGGCUAGGGGAAAAACGAUUGAUCCAAGAGGCUAAACUCUACUUGUCGGGCAUUACUUCAGAUGCCACUCCGGAGGAGACGCCGGCAUCAAAUAAGAGGGCCAGACGGGAUUGA